AAAGACUUCCGGUCACGAUCAUGAAGGAUCUCCAGAUUCGUAUUAGGGCAUUUUGAUUGCACCCAGAGAGGGGGCUCCUAACGUUUCGCAGUCAAUUUUUGCAAUCAUCUGAAACCACACUGAGGAAAGCUCAAAACAACGGGUGUCUAUUUAACCAAAGCACAGUAUGAGCAGAUGUGACCAGAAAUGAUUCCGCUACGGAGGAACGCUAGGGAAAUACUAGCUCGAAGAAGCAAAAUCCACCCCAUCAGCGGAACAAGGUCCCAGACACCGUCAGCUGGAUCCAACAGAACCAACAGCAAAAGCGCGUCAGAAUGGUCAAACUGUGACAGUUAUACUGCGGAAGACGAUGAUGAUGACAUUUACUGUCCCUCUUGGCUCAAGGAUAGGCAGUUAUGUUCCGAAAGGCCUUUUGAGCCGGAUAGUUUCGAGGGGUGGAUGUAUUCAUUCUUCGAGUAUCUUGAGAGAGAACUCGAGUAUUUUGAGUCCAUGCUUGCAAAACACUGCUAUUGCUUCGGAUUUAACACUAGGGAGUCGGGCCUUGUGUUUGGUGAGGUGUGUUUGUUUGAAAACUACAACAGGCGACCCGUUCAUAGCUGGAAGAAGGUGGUUGGCAAGGAAAGCGAGCCACCAUUACAGUUCGAAAGACUGGCUGAGAUUGACACCAUUUUUAGCGAGAUGCUUGCUGGAUGCAGCAGGCUCCAGCCGACUUUAUUAUCUCUUCACACGACACUUCCGUUGAAGUAUACGGUUAUUGGAACCACCCUCAGGGGCCGGGCCCAGGACGACGUCAAGAGUUUGGUGCUUCGUCCGUUGGAGCAGGUGUUCCAGUAUCCGCGAUACUUGACUGCACUAAUCAACUUGGCACCCUCCAGGGUGGUUUCUGACCAUUGCAAGAGCGAGAUGCUCCGCACGCUCCGUACAAUCAACCAGAUUUUGACACAGCUCCGCGACACCAACGACGAGAAUAUGGUGGAUACGUGGGCAAAGUACUUGGCACCGGACCCUAUGCAGGGUGGGCGGCCAGAAGUGUCCUCCAGCCAUGAUCUUGGCGGGACUUUCGAGGUCCAGUUGCGGUCUGCAGACGAUCUCAGGAUCGUUGGGUGCAAAACGGUUUGGCCCUACCAGAAACCACCGCGGGAAAAUCCGCACCUCGCCAGGCUAGUGCACCACCAGACGAAGUGCCUCGUGCACGUACGGAAACAGCUCCAGGGCCACGUCCACCAGUUGGGGGUGUUCAGCCGGGAACAGCUUCGCUACAGCACGCUCUGGACCGAGACAAUGGUGGAAACCCGUGCCAGUGGCAACUACAUCGCCUCCAUGUACGAGUGUUUCGAGCAGAAAAACCAGUUCCAGGGCGAGCGCACCACCGCGGCGAUCCGCCAGUUGCGGGGGCUUAUCGCGCAGAUCUCGCGCGCCGUUGCGGCGCCGGCGAUUUGCCCCGAGGUGGUGCACCAUCUCCAAGAACUCGCCACCCUCGUGUGGAGUCGGUUCGUGGAGAUCUCCCGCCAGUGGUACGCGGCCCACGGCAGCCAUCGCCACUACACGGUGGGCGCUAUUGCGUCCCACUACCAGCAAUCGUUCCAGGUGGCCACGGCAACCAUCCGAAAAAUGUGACACGCAUCCGUGCAAAAUGUGAUGAGGGUGCCAGCGCGUGGUGGUGCCGAAAAGACCUGACUGUGGCCGACCCACCCGGAUGGUGACACAUGGCCAGCACCACAGUACCAGCACUACUACCACUGCCACUACCAGCACCACCCCACAACCACCAUCUACUAGGCGACACGUCAUCCACAUGCCAGUACCGCCCCUACUGCCACCCCCUGGCCACC